AUGGAAGUCUACAUCGAUGACAUGCUAGUCAAAUCCAAGAAUACACAUGAUCAUGUGUCACACCUACAGCAAUCAUUCGACGUCAUUCGAAGGUAUGGCAUGAAACUUAAUCCCACAAAGUGUUCUUUUGGAGUGUCUGCAGGUAAAUUCUUGGGAUACAUUGUUACGAAGCGGGGCAUCGAGGCUAUCCCAGAUCAAAUCAAGGAUAUCUACAACAUACAAUCACCGCGAAACGUGAAAGAGAUACAAAAGCUAACAGGACCUGUCGCCGCGUUGAAUCGCUUCAUCUCAAAGUCUUCGGACAAGUGUCGACUGUUCUACGACGUCCUAAAGAAAAAUAAAGGAUUUGAUUGGACGCCAGAGCAUGAGCAAGCCCUCCAAGAUCUCAAACAAUACCUGAUGACGCCGCCAUUGCUGUCAAAGCUAGUAGCCGACGAGCCAUUGCAAUUAUAUGUCGCCGUCAGUGAAUCAUCGGUAUUCUUCUCUAGAGAAGCUCGUCCUAGCAAUAGUGACGGCGUCCAAAAACUAAAACAUUAUUUUGAAGCACAUUCUAUCCAUGUCAAAACUAACUAUCCCGUUAAGUCCAUUUUAAGACACCCAGAAUUGACAGGAAGAAUGAGCAUGUGGGUGAUUACGCUAAGCAGUUACGACAUUACUUACCAGCCUCCAAUAGCAAUAAAGUCGCAAGCAUUAGCGGAUUUUGUGGCUGACUUUAUCCCAAGACUGAAGGCGAUAGCCCAGACGGAGGUAAGUAUGUUUGAAGUUAACACAACUAACAGUAAGUGGAUCUUGCAUGUGGACGGGUCUUCCAACUUUCGGGGCGCCGGGUUAGGCGUAUUGAUAAAGUCGCCACAAGGGGACAUCAUAGCCCGGGCUAUCAGUUGCGACUUCAAAGCCACCAACAACGAGGCAGAGUACGAGGCACUGUUAGCAGGAUUGACGUUAGCUAAAGACCUGAAUGCCACUGAAGUAGAAGCAUACAGUGAUUCGCUGCUCAUCGUCAGCCAGAUAAAAGGGGAAUUUGCCGCCAAAGAUUUAAAAAUGACGGCGUAUCUGGACGCUGUCCAAUCAAAGGUAAAAUCUUUUUUGAAGUUUGACAUUUUUCAGAUUCCCAGGGACCAAAACACGCAGGCAGACGCAUUGGCAAACAUUGGAUCAGCUAUGAGGAAGUCAGGGUUCAAGAGCAUACCCAUAGUACAUCUGUCGUCCCCUGCCGUCCAUAAAACAAGCACGGAUAAUGUUAGUCAGGUGGUGACGGACGUCAAUGACGUCAACGUCAGUAAUGCCACGACAACGUCAACAAGCUGGCAGACUCCAUUCAUCCAGUAUCUUAAAGACGGACCAUACUUGAGAUGUUUUGACGGCGAUGAAUGCCAACAAGUGUUGCAAGAAAUGCACGAUGGGUGUUGCGGCAACCAUUCAGGAGGACGUAGCUUGUCCAACCAGACUUUGCGCAUGGGGUAUUAUUGGCUGACGUUGCGUCAAGACGCCGUCGAGUAUGCUACGAAAUGCGACGCCUGUCAGCGACAUGCCGCCAUGUCACACAAACCUGCAGAAAAGUUGCACCCUACUAUCACCCCUUGGCCCUUCAUGAGGUGGGGGAUGGAUAUUGUUGGAAAACUCCCCCAAGCACCGGGACAGAAAGUGUUCAUGCUAGCUUUAACAGAUUACUUCUCCAAAUAG